AUGACUUCGGCUGCUUCGUUGAUGCCGCCUUCGCUGGUGCCUGCAUCUCCAGCGCUGAAGCCAUCUCAACCUCCAGGACAAGGAAAACGGAGUCGCAGAAUGCUUUCCCCCCCUCCAGGUGCACCAGGAGGUCCCGGAGGUCAGCUUUUGCUCGGUCCCGGGAGCUCAGCGGCUGGAUUUGAAGCGGACCUCGUUAAUCCUGAAGGCUACGAAGUGAAUCGCAGCUCCGAGAGCAAGGUCAUCGACGUUUGGACGGAAUGGAAGGAGGGUAUAAACGGUGGGCCGUCCAUUGAGAAGCUUGAAGAAGCACGCAAGCGCGACCGCAAAUGCGUUUGGUGGAGACAUAAGAACGAUUACAAAUACUGGAGCAAGCAGAUGCGCAUUAUUCACGCUAUUGAGAAGAAGGCCGCCGAGCUGGGUGGAAGCCUGGAUGCUGCGAUUCGUUACUGGGAAGAGAUUUUGCGUGUGGAAUUUGAAGGCAGCAUUUCCAAGCUGCGAGAGGCCCUUGGUGGUGAAAAGGCUGUUCCUGGCGGUGCCGAUGGCCACGACUCGCGUCCAUUCUCCCCCGCGUUUGGGUUCGGCGCCUCGAUAUGGGGUAGGCGACAAAACGACGACGAUGUUGAUGUUGAUGCUGCCAUUGCCGCUCCCCGCUCCUCCUGCGUCUUCUGCUCCUUCCACGUGCCUCCCUUCUCGCCUCGUCCAUUUAAUUCUCUUCAAAAUUUUCCCUCUCUUCCUCCUCUCCGCCUCUCCUCGCCUCUGCUUCUGCUCCUACUGAUGCAUUCCGUUCCACCUCUUGUGGCUCUUCCCGAAUAUCCCGUCCUCCCACUCCCCCUCUCGCCCUCCGUCCGCAUCUGUACCCUGGGAUCCUCGUGGGAGUGGGCAAUGCUGCGCCUGGAGCUCUUUCUCGACUCCACCGUCAAGGUCUUGGGUCCACUCUACGUCCUCAUCGCCCUCGUCCUCAUCCUGUCAUCCCUCCCCUUCGACUUCCUCUCACCCUGUUCCCCCUUCCCCCUCCCUUCACCACCAUUCCCCCUCCCCUCUUCUUCCUCCUCUUCUUACUUCCUCCUCUCUCCCCCCUCUCCUCCCCUUGCCAGCGCCAUCAUGGUACCUCACAUUCUCACUGCUGCACCCCAUGGCAUGACCCUUUUUCUUUCUAGUACACUCAACCCGAAACUCCUCCCCACUUUCCUCCCUCCCCCUGCCAGCGCCAUCGUAUACCUGGCCUUCUCGCUGCUGCUGCCCAUGGCAUAUCCCCUGCACACCCCAGCGGGCAUGCUGCAUUCCCUGGCAGCAGCAUGGGUGUCGUUCAACAUUCUCUUCAACUUCUAUUGCGCCGCCACCAGAAACCCGGGCUCGCCUCCUCCCCUUGCGGUGAGACAUGCUGCUCUGAUCUGA